AGAUUAACCUGUUGAUGAAAUACUUUCGGUUAGAGUGUUAUCAACGCCUGGACACUGAACUUUGCAUAUAUCUACCAAACUACUUAUCAGAUAUAUUUAUUGGUACUCUUGUUGAUGACUUUCUGCAGGAAAAAACAGUAAUAGAUUACUUUCCUCAAGGAGCAAUGACACAAAGCAUCAAUACCAAUGAAGCUCAUAGAAACAAAGAGAUGGAAAUUUCUAAGAAAAGAGUCAGAGACAUAGAAGAGCCCUUUCAUCAGCCAGGUUCGACUGUGUUUGACACCGUAUUGUAUUAUUGCUUCAUCAAAAACGCGGCAUCAAAAAUGUUUCUACAGAGAGUUUUUCGAACCUUUGGAUAUAUAAGAGAGGAAUACGAAGAAUGCAUAUGUCUUUCCCCGGAUUUUACCACAAAAUUGAUAGAAAGACUGGAUAUAGAUAUAUUACUCAAUAGAACUAUCAGCGAUACGGGCAUCCAUCCUCUUGUCAGUGAACAAUUACGUGUUCCCGAAGAAGUAUUGAAGUGGGUUUUUGCUGCAAGAGAAAGGUUUGUAAGAAAGAUAGGAAAAGAUGCAGUAAAGAUCUACAGAUCAAGAUUAAUGAUCGUAGGAUGUGCAGGCGCAGGAAAAACAACUCUUUUAAAAAGGCUGCUAAAUAGAGAUGCCGUUGAAUUUCCUAAAACUGAAUCAACAAUUGGACUUGACAUUCAUGAGAGUAUUUUCAAAAUUUCUGAUGAAACAAACACAAUGAUCGCACUCACUGGAGUUAAUUCACCAAAAAAGGAAAAAACCUUGAGUAUUACUGACUUCGCUGGACAGAGCGCAUAUUAUGCAUGUCACCAGGUUUAUCUAUCAAGGAGGGCGCUGUAUAUACUUGUUAUUGACUUGUCAAAAGAACCAAAUGAACUUGUGUCAUCCGGGAAUAAUUUUUCAAGAGAAGCAUUAUUUAACAACUGGACGUAUAGAGAUUACAAUAAAUUCUGGAUGGAGUCCAUCAGCACAUAUUGUGAUACAACUAGUCCAGUCAUCUUAGUCGGUACUCACAAGGAUGUCGUCAAUGAGCACACAGAGAAGAACGAAGAUCAUUUCGGCAGUUUUCUUUCACAACUCCCAGAUGUAAGCCAAUUACAACAUCAUCUCCACAGAAAGAACUACUUUGAGUUAGGAAAACCUGAGGAGAGCAGAGAUGAAAUAGACAGAUUGGAGAAAUGUAUUGUUGACAUGAUCCACAAACAAUCAACCUGGGGAGAAAUUGUGCCAAAAAUAUGGGAAGAAUUCGAUCAGGAACUAUAUAGUUUGAAAAGUAAACGAUUGAUAAAUUUUUCGGAUUUAAUCAAAUCAAGCUAA